AAGGUUACAAAUACUGGAUAUGGCUCUUCACCUCCAAUAGACACACAACUGCCGUCCUUCAUUUUCUCGCAUAUCCAUCGCCAUUGGUGCCCCACAUUGCGUAUAUCAAUACCUGUGUUGGCGAUCCGACGAAUUCCAGCUGCAGCCAGGGAUAGAGAUCCUGUCGUAGAUGUGAAGGGGGGUGCAUACCGCAAGGCUUGCGUGUUUGCACAGCAACCUUUUCUGGCCUGUGAAGCGAUGAGCAGCCUUAGGAAUGACAACAGCAGCAGCGAAGGUGAAAUGCCGUGCCCCGAAACGAAACCGAAGUUUAGGCCUUUGAACUGCGAUGAUGAGGACAAGAAAAAGUUCCCCUAUGUGGAAGUUUGCGGUCCCGACAAGUCCUCUCGAAGAUUUGCCUUAGGGACCAGAGCAAGCUUCGCCGUGGAUCGCUUCAACAAGAAGCUUGUGGACGCCGUGAAACCCGUCGUAUGCGUGGAGGCUUUCAAGGAGGGAGAAGACCCCAUCGAGUUCGGGCCCGACGCUCCCCUCAUGUCCAUGUGCACCUGGAAUCUACGCGUUGUUCAAGAAGCCCCCUUUCAGCCCAUCGGGGUGGGCGACAAGAUCCCCAACGGUGAGCUCACAUACCUCGACGGCUGCGGCAAAUUGCAAACUCACCUUAUCUACGACCUCGUGAGGGAAAAAAGGGUGGUGUUCUUCGGUGUCCCUGGAGCAUUCACCCCAACAUGCAGUUUAAAGCACGUUCCUGGAUUCAUCGAGCGCGCCGCAGAGAUUUUAGACAGAGGGAUCAACGAGAUCGUCUGCAUCACAGUGAACGAUCCAUUCGUGGUGAAGGAGUGGGAGAAGACGUACCCUGAGAACAAGCACGUCAGGUUUCUGUGCGACGGUUCGGCGAUCUGGACGAAGAAGAUCGGGCUGGAGCUGGACUUGUAUGAUCGAGGCAUGGGGGUGCGAUCUCGCAGGUACAGCUUGAUGAUUUGCGACACCGUUGUCCGCAUUGCCAACAUCGAAGAGGGCGGAGGCUUGGAGACGUCGACUGCGAGUCGCAUGCUGAAGGACUUGAACACCGGCAAGGACAUGGUGUUGCCUCCCUGAAUGGGCUUGUUCCCCUUCUUCCAUUGUCCCAUAUUGUCCUGUGUAUGAAAUGAAUUUAGGUCUUCGUAUUGAAACAUCUUAAUACGAGGCUUUGGUGUGUGUUGCAAGUGAUGCUUGUUGUGGAGAUCCAUUUCGAAGGUUGUGGGUUCAACGACUAAUUUCAACCUUUCCAAAAGCUAAUAGGUUACUAGUAUGAGUAAUCAUGGUAGAGUGUAAAUAUUAAAUGUGUUGAUUCUCAUUCUUUUUUUCUUUUUUUUUCCCUUUUUCUUUUUUGAAUGCAAGUGCAUUAGAGAGAUUCUUUGUGGUGUAGUGUGGUUGUUAAAUCAAUAUUGCUUUAAAAAAGAAAAUGGGAUCAUACAUUAUUUCUCCUUGAAGGUCUUAAUGUUAUUGUAGUCAGAAAAUAGGAGAAGAUAUAUAUCUUGAGAACAAUCCCCUUUGACUUGAAUGUAAAAGUUUAAUAUCUUAUCUAAUGAAUGGUGGAUUGAAGUCA